UCAUCAUGCAUUGGUCUGUUUGCAAUCCGAAGUUUAGUUAGCCAUCGUAAUACGACAGCUCAAGUCGUAGACAGACAGGCUGCAGCCCGUGGUCGAGACAAAAGGCUCUCGCAGACGUAAGCUAAGCUAAACGCGCAGUGAACUUCAGUUCAGGCUCUACUUUACCCAGUGGUGUGAUUUGAGAAAUGGCCGUCGCAGCAGCCCAGAAAAAUCGCGAAAUGUUCGCCAUCAAGAAGUCUUACAGCAUUGAGAACGGCUAUCCAUCCCGCCGUCGUUCACUGGUAGACGAUGCCCGUUUCGAAACCCUGGUAGUCAAACAGACCAAACAAAGUGUACUUGAAGAAGCUCGUGCCCGUGCUAAUGACUCUGGUUUGGAUUCCGAAUUCAUCCAAGAUGUCUCUCAAAUUGAUGACGCCGAGAAGACCGAAGGUGUCCAAAACGAAGAUUGUAAAAACGGUCACCUUGAAGGAGGUAACGAGACUGGUACAAAAUCAGAUGAAGAUUACACUCUUACUGAAGAGGAAGUUAUUCUACAAAAUGCUGCAAGUGAAAGCCCUGAAGCAGAACAGGUGAUCCAAAAAGCUGCUUUACUUUUGCGUAUGCGAGAUGGAAUGGGCUCUCUUGCUCGCAUUCUUAAAACAAUUGAUAACUAUAAAGGUUGUGUUGAACAUCUUGAAACUCGGCCCUCCCAAAUAUCAGGAGUCCAAUUCGAUGCACUCGUAAAGGUCAGCAUGACCCGCAUCAACCUGCUCCAACUUAUCCGGGCACUCCGUCAAUCAACCUCAUUUGCCGGUGUAAAUUUGCUUUCGGAUAAUAUUUCAAACAAAACUCCAUGGUUCCCUCGUCAUGCUUCCGAUCUUGACAACUGUAACCAUCUUAUGACCAAAUUUGAGCCAGAACUUGAUAUGAAUCACCCAGGAUUCGCUGAUAAGGAAUACAGAGAACGUAGGAAACAAAUUGCUGCUGUCGCUUUUGCAUACAAAUAUGGUGAUCCAUUUCCAGCGAUUACUUACACUGAAAGCGAGAAUGCUACCUGGCAACGAGUAUUCAAUACUGUACUGGAUUUGAUGCCAAAACAUGCAUGCCGUGAAUAUAAGGCCGCUUUUGGUAAAUUACAAGCUGCCGAAAUCUUCGUGCCACACCGCAUUCCCCAGUUGGAGGAUGUAAGCAACUUCCUCCGCAAACAUACUGGUUUCACCCUGCGCCCAGCUGCAGGAUUACUUACGGCUCGAGACUUUUUGGCUUCUCUCGCUUUUCGUGUAUUCCAAUCAACACAAUACGUGCGCCACGCUAACUCACCCUUCCACACUCCUGAACCGGACUGUAUUCAUGAACUAUUAGGACAUAUUCCACUUCUAGCUGACCCAAGCUUUGCUCAAUUUUCUCAAGAAAUUGGUCUUGCUUCACUCGGCGCUUCUGAUUCCGAAAUCGAAAAGCUUUCUACGGUUUACUGGUUCACGGUCGAAUUCGGUCUUUGUAAGGAGAACCAACAACUGAAGGCAUACGGAGCAGCUCUUCUAUCGUCUAUCGGAGAACUGCUUCAUGCUUUAAGUGACAAGCCUGAACUGCGACCCUUCGAACCAUCUUCUACUUCCAUUCAACCUUACCAAGACCAAGAGUACCAACCAAUUUAUUACGUGGCUGAAAGCUUUGAGGAUGCAAAAGAUAAAUUCAGACGCUGGGUAUCAACUAUGUCAAGACCAUUCGAAGUGCGUUUCAACCCACACACAGAGCGCGUGGAAAUCCUCGACUCCGUAGACAAACUUGAAACACUCAUAUGGCAAUUGAAUACCGAGAUGCUCCACCUCACUAAUGCUAUCAAAAAACUUAAGGAUUCAUCCUUUGAGUAAACCGGAUUCCCCUCUUCUAAUAGACCAGAGCACGCGGUUCAACCGCUUUGUAUAGCUAGUGAUAUUAUAGAAUUAAGUGUUGUAUGGAGAGUGAGUGUGGAAACCAUCGGAUGGUACUUCUUCGAAUUCCUUUUUUACAUUAUUAUUUAUUGCCAAGCUCAUUGCCCGGAUCUCGAGACGAGCGUAGAGCUCCUGAUUGCCCAUUUAGGGAGGCUGUGCCCGUUCGCGAUUCCUUGAUAUUAUAUUAGUAUUAAUUUAUAAUUUAAUGAUAAACACAAAUUAUUAAAAAUUGGAGCACCAAAAAAUAAAAAAAAAAAUCAAACAAUAAAUAUGUGUUUGAAUGGAUA